CUAAAGGAAAUGACAUGAGAACCUUAGAAGAAGACUGAGAGUGCCACUUCCUUCUUCACGAAAGUCACACAGCCACCAUGGAGCUGCGUCUCUCUGUCUGCAUCGUGCUGCUGCUUUGUGCAACAAGAAGCUCAAAUGGAGGGAAGAUUUUGGUGUGGUACACUGAGGCCAGCCACUGGAUCAACAUGAAGCCAGUACUGGAAACUCUGGUGGACAGAGGACACCAGGUGACGGUCCUGGUCCCGAGCGCGUCGAUGUUCAUGAACAGUAGCGAACCGUCUCGCUUCCAGUACGAACCUUUUAACGUCGACGUCUCAGUAAAAGAUAUAAAAAAGGUUUUAGAUGAUCUUAUCCACUUCUCCAUGUAUGAGAUGGAUUUUUUGAACCCCAUUCAGAUUUACAUGAAAUUUCCAGAUUUAAUGAAGAACAACAUGAACAUUUAUUUUAAGUUUUUGGAUGGCGUGGUGAAAUCAGAAACCAUCAUGAAGAAGCUGAAGGAGGGAAACUACGAUGUGUUAUUUGCUGAUCCGAUCUACCCUGGCUAUGACCUGACGGCAGAGAUUCUGGGAAUUCCUCUUGUUCUUUCUUUGCGUUUUUCCAUGGCUCAUUACUGGGAGAGGAUGUGUGGUCAGCUUCCUGCUCCACCGUCCUUCGUCCCGGCUGCUAUGAGCAAACUCACAGACAAGAUGGAUUUCACAGAGAGACUGUUCAACGUCCUCUUCUACGCUUUGCAGGACGUCGUAAUAAACCAGUUCAUAUUGAAAGAUAUUGACAAAUAUUAUUCUGAAGUCAAAGGAACACCCGUUACCCACUGUAAGUUGCAGGGUAAGGCGGAUAUCUGGCUGCUGAGAACCUACUGGGAUUUUGAUUUUCCUCGUCCACUCCUCCCCAACUUUAAAUUUGUUGGAGGGGUCCACUGCAAACCAGCUAAACCUUUACCAAAGGAAAUGGAAAAGUUUGUCCAGAGCUCUGGAGAUGCUGGGAUUGUUGUCUUCUCUUUAGGAUCGAUGGUUAAGAACCUCACCACAGAGAAAGCGAACAUGAUCGCCUCAGCGCUCGCUCAGCUUCCACAAAAGGUGCUGUGGAGAUACAGUGGCCAGAAACCCCAGACUCUGGGUUCAAACACCAGAAUAUACGACUGGAUCCCACAGAACGACCUGCUGGGUCACCCUAAAACAAAAGUUUUCAUCACUCAUGGUGGGGCAAACGGGAUCUAUGAGGCCAUCUACCACGGCGUUCCCAUGGUGGGAAUCCCCAUGUUUGCUGACCAGCCAGACAACAUGGUGCACAUGGAGGCCAAAGGAGCUGCAGUUAGUGUUAAAUUUAACUUUAUGACAACUGAGAGCCUCAGAGAUGCCCUGAACAUGGUCAUCAACAACAAAUCCUACAAAGAAAAUGCGAUGCGACUGUCCAGAAUACACCAUGACAGACCCAUGAGUCCUCGGGACGAGGCCGUCUUCUGGAUCGAGUUCACCAUGAGAAACAAAGGAGCCAAACACCUGAGGGUCCAGGCCCACGAACUCACCUGGUACCAGUACCACAGCCUGGACGUCCUAGCCUUCCUCCUUAUUAUAGAUCUGCUCCUCAUCUUCAUCCUCUUCAAGAGCUGCAGCUUCUGUUUCAAGAGAUGCUGCAGCAGAAAACAGACAAAGAGAAAAGCUGAGUAAUAGACUGAAGUGAGAUCUACUGUUCAGGUGCUUUUCACACAGAAUAAGACUCUAUUUGGUGGUUUUAAAGUGUACACAUUUAAACAAUAGCAACAAAAAAAAAAAAAUCAGGACUGAAGAGAAAUUAGUGUUGAUUAUUUUUUUGUAGUUUUGUAUUUAGCUCCUUAUUCCAUUUCUCAAAUUCUGAGCAACUUUCCAGGUCCUGCUGAAUAAAUGACCAAACUAUGACACUGCCACUACCAUGCUUCAAUGUGGCACAAUGUGGCAUGGUGUGGCAAAAUGUUGAGAAAAAUCUAGAAUGCCUCUGACAGAAAACCGAUUUAUGGACUGGCUUCUCUUAAGAAAAAGCCAGUCCAUAAAUCGGUCUUCUUAACCGAGUUUAAAACCAUGAACUAUUUUCCCAAUCACAUUUUCACUCUGUCAUACUAAAUCAUGUAUUAAAUGAUACUUUUCUUUUCAAUUUAUGUAUAAAAUGGUAUUACUAUUAUUAGUAAACUGAACCCAUGUUUUUAGUGUGCUUUGCUUUCGUUCUGUAGUGUACAAACAAAGCUUCAGCAAAGCUGUAAAAAUGACUGCAGUUAUUGACAUUUCAGACACUUCUAUUAAUAAUCAGAUUAAAAUUUUUUAUGCUCAUUUCCAUUGCUUUUCUAGCUCAGAAAAAUUAAUCACAUUAUUCAAAAUCAGUCAUAAAAAUAUUGUAUAAACUCUCAGUUUAUUUGUGGUAAUUAUUGAGUUUUUUGUUUUCAUGUCUACUAAUGUUAGAUUAUUGAGAGGUGUCAUGUUGGACUGAACAGCCAAUCAGAGCUGGACUAGUGAGUAAAACUUGAGAUCUGAAAGUUUUUGAUAACGCAGGGGUAAAGCACAACCCAAACAUGGGUUGUGCUUUCCCAGUGGGUAAUUUGUCAGAGCAAACUCACUGAAGGGGUUUUGCUGAAUGACCUUCAGUAAAGCAAAAAUCCACACCUUCACAUCAUUUUCAGUAUUGAUUUUGUUCACCCGUUUACUGUCCCUAAAAAUCUCUGUUAUCGGCCAGCUAGUAGAGUUAUUUUUAGUUACCUGCUCAUGGUUAACUGUUUUGUAAACUGUCAAAUCCUGCUUAUGGUAUAAAUAAAUCUGACUGAGGAAUUUUCAUCCAA